AUGAAGAUUUCAGCCAUCGCUUCUGCUCUUUCAAUCGCGUCUGCUUCGGCGGCCGCCGUUCCUGAGACUGCCUCUCCGAAAGGCCUCGAGACCCGUCAAGAGACGGGCUCGUACACCAUCUCGGGCCUCGGAGCGCGCAAAACGCAGGUCACUGCUGCAGGAGCCAACUCGUUCAACAUGGCCAUUGCCAUGCUCGAGACCGAGCGCAUGGACACGAACUAUGCGUAUGGCGACAACAAGCAGAACGACGCUGCCAACUUCGGCAUCUUCAAGCAGAACUGGAGCAUGCUUCGUGUGUGCUGCAGCCGCUUCAAGGGCCAGCCGCAGUCGAGCUGGAACAACGGCGCGGUGCUGAACUCCAACCUGAAUGCCGACGUGCAGUGCUUGAAGGACUGCCAGAGUUACUAUGGCCGAGACAAGUGGCUGGCCGGCCACCGCAAUGGCGAAACGGGGCUCAACAACCCGAACACGCAGGAUAUCAACAACUACAUCAACGGCGUCAAGUAUAUUGAGCAGCAGUUGUUGACGCAGCCAAACGGCCUGACGAACGAUGUGCGCUACUACAUCUAUGUGGUCCCGAUCUAG